AUGCUGACGAUAAUUCCUACUGAAGAUGUGGAUUAUACCGAAUUGACAAGAAGUUAUAUGGCUAUAUUUGAUAGUCAAGCGUUCUAUCAAUUUUUGAACACUACUCAAACAGGUGUUGCUCAUAGUUCUUCAGGUACUGAGUUAUCUUUAUUAUUGAAGAGUAUAAUAACAUCAUUAACGUUAUGCACAAUUCAAUUGAUGAUGUUUUGCUUCUUUCGAAACAUUUUCAAGACACUUUAUCAACCGAGAUGUUAUUGUGUACCUGUUAAUGAGAGACCUGAGCCUUUACCCAAAGGAUUUUUCAAUUGGAUAGUUCCCACUUUAUCUUACGAUAUUCAUUAUUAUAUGUCAUUAGGUCUUGAUGCUUACUUUUUUGUCAGGUUCAUCAAUAUGUUAUUGUUAUUUUUCCUAAUAGUGGGUACAUUGAAUAUUUCUGUUUUGAUCCCUAUAAAUUUAGCAGGGAGUAGUACUGAAUUUGGCGCUUCAGGGCUAGAUAAGUUCAGUUUAUCCAACAUUUCUGCUGAAAAGGUUCGUUACUUAAACGCCCAUUUUAUCAUGGGGCUAUUGACUAUUGCGUUAUUUCAUAUUUUGAUAGUCUAUGAAAUGGAAGCUGUUAUAAAAAUAAGACAUGCUUACCUUCUAUCACCGAGACUAAGAGAGUCAGUGAUAUCCAGAACAUUGUUAGUGACAAAUAUUCCAACACAGAUCCUAGAUUUUGAAUCUUUAUCACAAUCCUUUUCUGUGGUUCCCGGAGGAGUGAAAAAAGUAUGGUUUGUAAACGAUUAUGAAAAAGCUAGUAAUAUAGUAAGAAAAUCAAACGACGCCAUUGAUUACCUUGAAGAAGCGGAAUUAAAGUUUAUAAAGAGUUAUCACCGGUAUUAUAACGAGGAAUAUAGUAAGGAAUUGUUUGAAAACCUUCAAAUAAGACCAUAUUUUUACCCUCCUCUAUACUUGAAAGUUAAAGUUCCCUGGACAAAAUUGGUCUACCAUAUAACUAUUGCAGGUUGGAUAAGAGUUUUAGGGCUACAGAAGAGGGUGGACCAAAUUCUGUGGUCAUUAAGCAAGUUAAAGCAAGCUAAAGUUGCAAUAGAAAGAGAGAAAUUAAAAUUAAGUUCAGGUUCAUUGACAAAGUAUAAUUGUGCCUUCAUUGAAUUCGGAAAUCAAACGGGGGCAAGCAUAGCUCAUCAAUGUUUAUUAUCAGAAAAGCAAGGGUUCAUGGAUAAGUCUUUGAUGGGGGUUCACCCUCGUGACAUAAAAUGGAAGAACCUUACAAAAGAUAAUGUCAUUACCCCAUUGCUCCUGAGAUACUUGGUUACGUCCUUAUGUAUAAUUCUUAUCAUGUUAUACGUGAUUCCAGUAUCAUUCAUCGGUCUAAUCUCACAGAUACCGUUACUUGUCAAACUCAUGCCAUGCUUGGGUUGGAUUUAUGGACUACCAGAAGAAGUGAGAGAAUCAAUAUCUUCGAUUCUACCUUCAGUAUUAUUAUCCGUAUUGACUGAGAUAAUUAUGGUUACAUUUAGAUUCUUAACUUAUUAUAAAUGGAAAUUAACUGGGUCUGAGAUGGAAUUGGAUUUACAGAGAUGGUAUUUUGGAUUUCUCUUCAUUCAACAAUUCUUGGUGGUCACUAUUCUGUCAAGUGUAACUGUCAUAUUUAAACAAAUAGUUGACCAACCUACCUCCAUUCCAGUAAUGCUUGCAACGAAUAUUCCUAAAGCCGCCAUAUUUUUCUUCCAAUUCAUGGCAGUUAAAGCCUUGACAUUCUGUGGAAAUAACUUCCUAAGAAUUGAUCAGUUGGUGUUAAGGAACACUAUCUACCCGUUUUUAGAUAGAACUCCCAGAAUGAAGUUCAAGAGACUAACAAAUCUUUUGUCUAUUAGAUGGGGAACAACAUACCCUGUUUAUUCAGUGUAUGCAUCCAUUGGUUUGACAUAUACCAUCAUAAGUCCAUUUAUUUCUAUAUCUGUGAUAUUCAUUUUAUUGUUAGUGUUAUUAUACUAUAAGUAUUCCCUAAGGUACAUUCACAAUCAUAUCAAUGAAUCAGAAACUAAUGGGAGACUCUACCCUUCAGCACUAUUUCAUCUUUAUUCUGGGAUCUAUUGUUUGGAGUGUUGUCUAAUCGGGAUAUUCUUUUUGCUGCAAGAUCACAAUGGUAAUUUCCCUUUAAGGAUACUUGGAUGGUUUAUGACACUUAUUUUGAUGGUGACGGUGUUCGGAAAUAUCACUAUCUACAAUAGGUAUAACAAACAUUUCCACAAUUUACCCAUAAUUCGAGAGAAUUCAAUCUCUGAAAGCACUUCAAGUCAAUCCUUGUCGAAGAACAUGGAGUUUGAUCAGACUUUUCAAAUGCUUUACUUGAAUCCUAACUUCAAAUACGAAGUUCCUAAGAUAUGGCUUCCCUCAGAUUCUUUGAAUGUUUCCCAAGAAGAAGCCCUACGUUUCCACAACGAAGGUUUUGAAGGUUCCACUACUGAGGGUGCCUCCAUAUACUUCAAGCUUUUUAACAAAGUCCUGAAUGUCAAGAUUACUAGAGCACCACCGGAUUACAAGUGA